UAUACCCACUGUCCCCAUGCGUGUGGCUUGCCCCAUGGCUGCAAAUACCAGGCGGGGGUGUGCAGUUGCAGAAAGAGAGAGAGAUCCACCCUCGUCAACUCUCCUCACCCCUCCGAUUUUGAUGUUGGCCAAGGCUGAGAAUAGAACUGGAGUCGGGUUUCGGCACAGAAAGAGAGGAAGGCUGUGUAGAAGGCGGCGAGAUAGACUAGAUUAAAAACAGAGAAGGGGCCAAUAAAACCAGUAUCUUACAUGCCAAGAGGAAACGUAGGGAGCAGGCAUUAUAAGGGAGGUGCCCGAGAGCAUUCCUGCCUUCUGCCUUCUGAGAGAGCCUUUGUGCCGGCAGCUUUUCUCUCAAGUCCAUUUGCCCCCUCCCAGCAAGAUGAUCAAUGAUGAAUACCUGAUUGAGUACAAGCUGGAACCAGAAGACUCUCAUGGGCGGCAGCCAGGAGACACUGCCCUCCUGCAAUCCACUGUUGACAUCCCACCUAAAGUGGACUCUCGGGAUCCACGAGGGAUCAACCAGCAUCUCAAGUUCGAAUUCUCCGACAUCCUUGCUGAGCCUUCCUCGUUCCGAAGCUUUGACCGGGUUUGGACCUGGAGCGACAUUGUCUUUGAGAGCUCCCGCCUCUGGUGCUAUCGUAUCAUCUCACUGCUGUGUGCUGUGCCUGUCUCCUUGCUUUCAGGUUUCCUCUUUGCCUGUUUGGGCUGCGUCCACAUCUGGUGUGUAAUGCCCUGUAUCCAGCUGUGCACAAUGGCAAUGCCUCCUGUUCGUACUUUGUGGGCUAGCAUCCUGGAUGUUGUGGUGGCCCCGCUCUGCACCAGUUUGGGACGUUGUUGCAGUGCAAUCUACCUCACCGUGACUCAGAAGUGACAGAUGGACAGAAGGUUCCCUCCCAGAAAGCCUCAGCAACAAAGACUAUUUCUUCCUAUCUCAUUAAGACCCACAUUGACCAUGUACAGUAUAAUUGCAUGCAAAGAAGCCUUUUCACAUUAGGCUACAGAAAUGGAACUAAAAAUUAGGGAAGUGGCUAGGCGAAGGGAAAAAGGAGGAGACUAGCAGGUGGCGGAAAUGAGAUACCAGGGAGAAGGUGUGAAACCAAAGCUCCCAAAUUUUAGUCUCCUUUAUCACACCACUAUGCUUUAUCACACCACUCCUUUAUGCCACAUCAUUCCAUUGAAAUCCUCUCCAUCCACUCUCAUGAAGGUAGCUGAUUGUUAAUGUUCUAUUACACCCUUACCACAUUUCUGCUUUAAGUGCGUCAUUUGCACUUUUUAAAUCUGCAUUAAUGAUGUCCUUACCCAGUUCCCAUAUCCCACUCCAUAACUGGUCUGUCUAUAUCAGGCAUGGGCAAACUAAGGCCCGGGGACUGGAUGCAGUCCCCGAGGCGCUUACCUCAGGCCCUCCUCAUUCACUCUUGGCAUAAGGACAUGGUGUUGAAGAGAUAAACAAACACUAUAAAGGUUCAAAACAUAAAAAGAGAUGUGACAUGUAAAGGCCACAGAAAUAGUCAGGCCUCUCUGAGUAUAGAGCUAUCUUCUUUCUAUAUGAAAAAGAUAAGCAAAUACUAUAAAGGUUCAAAACAUAAAAUGCACUAUGUAAUUUAGAGCAUCAUGUACAAACAUUAUUGCCUGAGAGUUAACAACAAUAAUGAAAAUAAUAAGUACAGUCAACUGUUGUAUGUUUUGAACCUUUAUAGUAUUUGCUUAUCUUUUUCACAUAGAAAGAAGAUAGCUCUAUACUCAGAGAGGCCUGACUAUUUCUGUGGCCUUUACAUGUCACAUCUCUUUUUAUGUUUUGAACCUUUACAGUGUUUGCUUAUCUCUUCGACAUUGUAUAGACAUUUGUGUGUAUUUAUCAUUAUAAGGACACGGUGGCCUGCAGCAACUGAGAGUAAUCAGCCACCGCGUGUCUCGACCUCCUCCCGGCAUAAGGAUGGUGCGAGCGGCUCCCUCCUUAUUCCAGGAGGACUGCUCAAGAAAGGCACGUAGUGGCUGAGAAACCUUCCGGAGCACUCUCAGCUGCCUGUCUCACCUUCUUCCUGGCAUAAUGCCAAGAGGACUGCCCGUGGAUUGGGGAGGACGAUCAGGGCAGUCACUACGUGUCCCGCCUUCCUCUCGACAUAAGCUGCUUGCCCCAUCCUUAUGCCGUGAGGACAAACUGGGGAUGACCCAGGCCCUGUUCUGCCCCCUCCUGGCCCCAUCCUCUCCCAGGCUCUGCCUCUUGUGGGCUCACCCAGCGUGCGAACCGCCCCACUCCCUCCCAGCUCAGCCCUCCCAGUCGUGGUCCUCAAUAUGGCCCCAAGGCAAAAAUGUUUGCCCAUGCCUGGUUUAUAUGGUAUCCAUAAUAGCACUACAAAGGUAAAAUGGUAUGACACCAUAAUAUAACAUUAUUAUGAUAUAACAGCUAAUAAUAAUAAUAAUAAUAAUAAUAAUAAUAAUAAUAAUAAUAAUAAUCUAUAUCUAUAAAAGGGUAAUGAAAUUUCGGCCUAAGACAAAACAAAACUACACAUCCCAGAAAUACUAAACUUGGCAGCACAACCCCUCAUCCAUGCCUCUACGUUCAUACAACAAAAAGUAAAGAAAAAUAAAGUCCUAAAUAAAGGGAGGGGGAUAAUUGUUUUUAUCCAAUUGCUGCCAGUUAGAAGGCUAAGCUCCGUCAGGGGAAAACCUUUACCCUUUACCUUAACUACCACCAAUACCUCAAUACUUUAUUUCCCAUACCACCAUGCUUCACCACAGCAACACGUGGCCGGGCACAGCUAGUCUAUAUAUAUAAAAGGGUAAUGAAAGUUCGGCCUAGGAAAAAACAACAAAACCACACAUCCCAGAAACACUAAACUUGGCAGCACAAUCCCUCAUCCAUGCCUCUACGUUCAUACAACAAAAAUAAAAGAAAAAUAAAGUCCUAAUUAGAGGGAGAGGAAUAAUUGUUUUUAUCCAAUUGCUGCCAGUUAGAAGGCUAAACUCCGCCCACUUGGUCUCCUAGCAACCCACUCAGCCCAGGGGACAGGCAGAGUUAGGCCUCACUUAGGCCUCUUCCCCACUGCCUAUAAAAUACAGAUUAUCUGAUUUUAACUGGAUUAUAUGGCAGUGUAGACUCAAGGCCCUUCCACACAGCUAUAUAACCCAUUUAUAAUCUUAUAUUAUCUGCUUUGAACUAGAUUAUCUUGACUCCACACUGCCAUAUAAUCCACUUCAGUGUGCAAAUUGCAGCAUUCAUACUUGCCUCCAACAGACAAAAAAAAACAAUCAGAAAUAUUGUAUAUUCACAAGCUUUAGGAAAUAAUAUCCCCUGAUGGCGCAGCGUGUUAAAGUGCUGAGCUGCUGAACUUCUGGACUGAAAGGUCGUAAGUUUGAAUUGGGGGAGCGGAGAGAGCCCCCACUGUUAGCCCCAGCUUCUGCCAACCCAGAAGUUCAAAAACAUGCAAAUGAGAGUAGAUGAAUAGGUACUGCUCCGGCAGGAAGGUAACGGCGUUCCAUGCAGUCAUGCCACAUGACCUUGGAAGUGUCUACAGACAAUGCCAGCUCUUCUGCUUAGAAAUGGAGAUGAGCACCAACCCCCAGACACGACUGGACUUAAUGUCAGGGGAAACCUUUACCCUUUACCUUAACUACCACUAAUUCCUCAAUACUUUAUUACUCAUACCACCAUACUUCGCCACAGCAACACGUGGCCGGGCACAGCUAGUGAUGAUAAUAAUAAUAAUAAUAAUAAUAAUAAUAAUAAUAAUAAUAAUACUCAGACUAGGGAGUUCAGAAGGAUAAAAACACAUGAGAACCACCUUCUCCACUGGGGCACCACAGAUUUUCCUUGGGAAUCUUUGGGGGAAGGAAAAUGUGACCUCACCCAAUAAUUAACUAUUGUCAAAAGAAAGCACUAUGAGACAUCUACCCCAAACUGAUCACAUUAAUUGAUUGUUUCCAGUGUGCAGGGGGGAAACACAUUUUCAAUUAUGCUGCAAUGUAACAAUACUGAAGAGCAAUUGCCAUAUUUCAUCACAUAAUAGUCCCCACCACAUAAUAGUCACACUCCUUUUUGCGGGCUCCAAAUAUGUAUUUUUUUCUUUCAUCGAGUAGUAGUUGCAUCAAUGAUUCAUUGUCCCAAAGUAGCUACUAUAUUCACUUGUUUGCACGCCUGUUCACCUUCCAGCUACAGAGCUUAACUCAGCUGAGUGCGAAAGAGAGUGACAAUGCUGGCUCUCUUCAACCCAAUGCUUUCAGAUCCAACUGAGUGAAUCACCAGAGCUGAAAGGAAGCUCAUUUUUUUCACCACAAAAUAGUCGAAUUCCUCCCUUUUCAGUCCAAAAAGGGGAGAAAAAGUGUGGCUAUUGUGCAAUGAAAUACAGAAUAUCAUCAUCAUCAUCAUCAUCAUCAUCAUCAUCAUCUAAUUACUUAUUAAUCGCCCUCCAUCCAAGAUGCUCUAGGCGAUUUACAAGCUAAAUUGUAAAGGAUAAAAAUACAUACAUACAAAUAUUGAUAAAAUUAACAUAGAUCAAAAGCUCUAGUAUCAUGUGAUAAGGCUGUGACAAAACGUGGAGCUAAUAUAUCGCUAUGGCAAUAUAACAGUAUGUUGUGAUAAUACUCUAAAUAAGUACGUUGGGCUUUAGAAAGGGUUUCCUGACUUUCCUCCAAUCAAGAUCCGAAAGGUUAUUUAACCCACAUCAUUUAUGUAAGACUCAUUUCAAGGAAACGAAAGGAAAAAAACCUUCUAACUUGCACCUUGUGGGUGGGAUAUCCACAUGGCAGAAAGCUAGCAAAUGAGGUAACUCCACAUCCUGCACCGAUUUCUAGAAAAGCAUUAUAUUUAUGAGUGCCUCCAUCGUUUCCAGACUCCACUCCAACAACAACAACAACAAUAACAACAGCUGGGAUUUUGAAUUAAACUAAUUCCGCCCUUCCCACUUAAUAAAACAAACAAAAUUGCUUUUCUUC